ACGAGCACUGGGGCACUAAGCGGUGAAGCGCCGGGUGCAAGCGAGCUGAACUUCAGCUCUUUGUUCCGAGCUCCAAGACCCACUGAGCAACCCAUCAGCUAUAUAGGUGCAACGGCAACCCGAUGUGAAGAUGCCGCCGUGUAACUCAAAUCAAUCUUAUUGAUCUAGUAGACACAAUGGGCGACUCAUCGACACCCAAACCAACAGAGGGCUACUUCGACAACAAAGCCCGCGCGGCCGCAUACGAAGCGUCCACAGGCGGCUGCACGCGCGACCUCGCACGGCACAUACUCACACUUUGCCCUUCCAUCACAUCGGGCUCCGUGAUCCACGACAAUGCCUGCGGAACCGGCAUUGUGGCCCAAGAAAUUGUCGCGCGCAAUGUUCUCACCAAAGGAGGCCCGGACGCCGACUACGCUCUGACUAUCCACUGCACCGAUAAAUCGGAAGCCAUGGUGAGCCUCACACAAUCCGGCUACCAGGGCUGCGAAUCCGCAAACUCCAUGCUUGCUUCCUUCCUAAACGUGCGCGUCCACUUCACCGUCACACCUAGCGAGUCUCUCUCCUUCCCAGACGGAACCUUCAGCCACUCAUUCACCAACUGCGGGAUCCUGCAUUUCGACAACGGCCUCACCGGUGCGCGGGAAAUCCUGCGUACGCUGAAGCCCGGCGGCACGGCCGUAGUGACGAGCUGGAAGGAGCUCAAGCCGUUUGAAGUCGUGAGGGAAGCGCAGCGGGCGUGCGGCCACGAGGAGCCCUUGUUUCGGCCUCCGGUUGAUGAGAAAUGGUUCAAGGCAGAGACGCUGGAGAGUGUGUUGAGAGACGCGGGAUUCGAGACUGUCGAGAUAGGAGAGAAGACGGUGCAUGUUGCAGGCAAGGAUGUGGGAGAGUUGUGUGGGCACUUGAUGGCCUUGUUGAGUAGGUAUAGCCAGAAGUGGAGUGGGGAGGAGGAAACCACGUUCAGGAAGCAACUAGAAAUUGAGGUGGAGAAAGCUGUUGUGCCGAUCAAAAGGCCGAGUGCGGAAGAAGGUGUAGAGGAACUGGUAGGGAUUCCGAUGGUGGCGCUAGUCGGUGUUGCAAGGAAGUGAUGUUGAUAGCGAGUAUGCAGGUAAAAAGAUUGUUACGGUAUCGGUCAGUCGGUAGGCCUGAGGUUGCACAACAUCAGACUAUCCUGGACUAGCAUGUUUCAGGUCAGGUAUAGCGUCGUCUUCUCCUAGCUAGAUAGCAAC